AUGCGUGAUAGAGUUUCAAUUCUUGGUCUUCGUCCAGGAGAUCAUUUAUCAAUGCAUGAAGAUGAAGAUAAGUUUGUGGAUAAUAGUCAAGAUGACAUCGAUAUGUAUGAAUUGAAAGUAUUGGAUGAUCCGGAUAGCCCAACUACUGUUGAUCUUGAUUCGUCCGUCGAUGAGAUUCGCUCAGAUUUUCACAUUGAAUCCGCUACGCUACCAUUUCUAUUAGAAAAGAAAGAAGACGAAAAUUAG